UGACGAUUUGAUCAAAUUAACCUUGUAUGACUUUGUACAAUGGAAACAAAUCCAUAAUUAUAUUUAAAAUGUUUUUAUUUUAUGAUAAAACUUUAACUCGAUAUUUUUUUCAUUUAGUCAUAAUUAUGUUUAGACUUAAUCAGAGUGUAGUGUAGUGUGUACUUAUUGCAAACUAUACGUGCUAAUAAAAAGAAAAAUAUGGAUUUGUCAAAAAUUAAAUCAUCACCAAUAACACACACAUUAUUCGUGUUAAAAUUCAUUGUUUCUGGGUUGAUUGCGAACACAUUGGAAGGAUUGUUAUGUCUCCUGUUGUGGCCUUUUAAUAAGGAAUUAUUUAGACACAUACAUUUUUUCCUAUCGCAAAUAAUAUCAUUAGAUUUCGUUUUUCUUUUGGAAUGGUGGAGUUGCACUGAUAUUUACUUUUAUGUUGACAAAAAAGAUUACGACAAAUAUUAUGGCAAAGAAAACGGUAUUAUUGUUUUAAACCAUUUCUACGAAAUUGACUGGUUAACUAUGUGGUGUAUCUCUGAUCGCGUUGGUAUAAUGGGAAACUGCAAAGCUUUUGCAAAAAAAAGUCUUAUGUACAUUCCAAUUAUCGGUUGGAGUUGGUGGUUUAGCGAAUACUUGUUUUUAUCCAGAGAUUUAGUCAAAGACAAACAAACGAUUGAGGUUAAUUUAAAAAAAUUAUUCGAAUAUCAAAAUCCAAUAUGGUUAUUACUCUACGCAGAAGGAACAAGGUUUACACCAGAAAAACAUGAGGCAAGUAUGAAAUUUGCCCGAUCUAAAGGCUUUCCAGAACUUAAGCACCAUUUAUUACCAAGAACAAAAGGAUUUUCAUUGGGACUUCCUAAUAUAAGACAUAAUUUGCCAGCAGUUUAUAACUUUCAAGUCGCAUAUAAAGGUGAUUUAAAGCCAUCCAUGUUCAACCUAUUAAACUCACAAAAGUUAGAAGUACAUGUUUAUAUGGAGAGAAUAUCCAUUGAACAAAUUCCCAAAGAAGUAAAAGACUGUGACAAUUGGAUGAAUAACUUGUUUGUAAAAAAAGACAAACUUAUGGAUAGUUUUAUUAAAACCGGUGACUGGUUCAAAGAAAGCGGAGUGGAACCAUUAGAAAAAUUUAAAAGCAAACGAAAAUACUCAUCUUUAGUUAACUUUAUAUUUUGGGCUGUUGUAGUAUUAGUGCCAUUAGCCAAAUUAUUGUGCAAUUUUAUGAUUUUCGGAAAGUUCAUAUUUUUAGGAGUGUUAUUAUUUAUAUUUUGCGGACUUUACAUGAUUUUUAAAUGGUGGAUUAGUGUCUCAGAAAUCAAGGCUUCAUCGUCUGAAGAUGGAAAAUUAAAAAAUAAAUCUAAAUAAUUUGAAAAUUUUUGCUAACAAAUGUAUUUAUUAUUUUGAUCGUUAUCGUUAUGAUUAUUUUAUAAUUCUAGAAAAAUAUACACAGUUUUUUA